GGAUCGGCGAGAUCACAAGAUCACGAAUAGGAUUGGGGUUUAAUAAUUGGAAAGAGGUUCCUUCGGAAUGCAAAGAAGACAUUUGAGACUCUGUUCAAGAGAAAGAAAGUCCCACUGGUGAGAUAUAUAGGCCAGAUGUGUUUAUGAAGACACAUAAAGUCACCCCAUAUGAUAAUCCCUCAUCUUCUAAAUCACUGGCAGCUGCAAAAUUAGCAUUGGUGCAGGAGGAAUAUGAUAAAAAUCCUUCAGCACAAAAGUGUUUGGGAACCGACGCUGUUACCAAGGGAUACAUACGCGGAAUGGGUGCUGGCGUUUCUAAAUCCCAGUUUCUUGCUUCUGAGUUUAUGAACGCCAGGUUGCAGGAAGAGAAGCACAAUGUCCUGAAAGAGAAGCAGAAAAACGAAGCUUUGAAAGCACAGUUGGAUGCUGAAAGACAGAAAAACAACACUGGAGUACAUGAUCAGAUCUCUAAUAGCUCUUACCAGCAGGAUAUUGGGAUGCCAAUAGUACCAUCGACGUUUGGUCUUUUAUUUUUGAGGAACUCAAGGACAGAGCCGGGCCCGAGGGUGUGCAGGGUGUGCGACCGCACAGGGCCCGACUCUGGCCAGGGCCUUUUAUCUAGAAAACAAAUGCCCCCCCUCCCCAUAAGUUAAUACAAAUGUUCUGGCACAAAAACAUAUUAGCUCUAUUUCAGAUUUUAUUUAAGCCCAAUAACCAAGCCCCA